AUGGUUGCCGACGUUAGCUCAUCGCACAGAGUUUUAAGUGGGUUCAAGGAUGAUCUAACGCUGGGGAAUGAAUCCGUUGGAGCGAAAUCAACGGCUUUGAUUACUAGAGACUUGCUUGGCGCCGGAGUUUUUGUUGAUUUUAUUAGAUUAAAUGUUGUAAUUAAUGUACGAGUCAUUUAUUAUUUUGUAAAUUGGUUGCAGUCUGGUAAAGUGUACUUGCAAAGAUGCAAUUCUACAAACUCUUCUUCAUCAUCGUCUGAUGGGACUAAGCACCAAACUAAUCAAACAAUGGCAAAGCUUCAAGAUUUGAAUUUCCCGGCAACGCCAUUGCCUUCUUCUAAACCUUUGCUAAACCUAUUUGAUGAGAGCAGCUUGGAAUUGAAAUUAGUCUCUUCACCGUCGUCGAGCAAUUACCAGAGCGUGUGCACCCUAGACAAAGUAAAAUUUGCGCUCGAGAGAUUUGAGAAAGAGCCGGUAAAGAAGCGAACAUCAAUGUCGUCGUUGUGGAAAUCACCUUUAUCGCCUUCGUAUUCUUCGUCGUCAUCUUCGAUCAAAUAUUCACUAGAGGGUGACCUGGGUGAAGAGAAGCUCGUGUCGCCGGUCGCGGCUGGCUGCCCAGCUUGCUUAUCCUAUGUGUUGAUAAUGAAACAUAACCCUAAAUGUCCUAGGUGCAAUACCCUUGUUCCCAUUAUGCCAGCUGCUAAGAAGCCUCGCAUUGAUCUCAAUAUAUCGAUGUGAGUGACUUGAAUAUUCGAUGCUCAAUUAUAAUUUUGUAAAUGAUAGAUGAAUUACAUAUCUUAGCAAAAUUCGGGCAUAUGUAUAU